AUGCCGACUCGCGCUACACCCCGCGGGUGUACGGUUCAUUGGUCCGGUGAAGAGCCCCUUCCCCCAUCGGCGAAACCCCCCUUUACCUCGCCCGAGGAACCCCCACCCACCCCCACCCUUUCGACGGAGGCCCCGCGCACGCAUGCCAUCACGGCCCCAAUCCCACGCCCCACCCCAAGCCUCCCCGCCCCGCCUUACCAGAGCCGGCGCUCCCCGAUGCCCACGACUGAUGAAGAUGGAAGGGAAUACCCGACCGAAGCGGCCACGGUGACUGGUUUCGGCUCUCCGGCAAGCACAACACCCGGUCGGCCUGCCCCGAAGGUUCGGGAAUCCCCGUACCCCGCCAAUACAACACCCACCAAUCCGCCCAUCACGAACUCCCAACCCAUGACUCUCGCCCAUCCCCGCCCAACGGUGAGCCCCCCCUGCACUCUCACUCUUGUGGGCCAGAUACCGGGGAUCAUGCCGACCGCGCCUUUGUGCCCUGCGUCCCCCUCCACGAUACGGCCGGUACGGAUCCGUCUCCCCGCGCCCAUACCGGGUGCCACUUCCGCCCCGGCUUGUCCCCCGCAGAUCGGCCGCCUCCUCGUAGCGGCUGGGCCCAUCCAUCUGUCGAUCGAGCCAACCCUCUCUAUCGGAGCUAUCCGGGCCGUUGUGACAAGCACGAGGACACAAACCCCCGAAUCCCUUUGCUCGGGUUCGCAUCAUGGGGAUUGUUGGGCUUGCCGCCUCUAGAAGCCGACA